AUGCUAAAGGAUUACAGCAAAGAACUGAACCUAAGAAUGGAACAAAUUUACAACGCAGAUGAAAGUGGCCUUUAUUGGAAAAUGUUACCAGAGAAAACAUAUGCUGCAUCAUUUGAAAAAUCUGCCCCGGGAAGAAAGCUGGAGAAACAACGAAUAACGUUUCCAGCCUGCACUAAUGCUAAUGGUUCACAAACAAUAAAGCCACUGGCCAAAAAUGGAAUUGGAAAAAGGCUGGUACCACGUGGCGAUCUCAAUUACAGGAAUCUCAGACAUAAAUCUGACUUCAAUAUACCUAGUUAUAGGAGCAACAUUUUCCAUCAUAUCUUCACCUACAACGCUGUCAAGGUGUGUGAUAGUCUUAAUGGCAAUUACAAAAAGAAGGGAAUACUUGCAUUCAAGAGAGCCAUUAAGAACCAUCUUCUGGGGUUUGCUAGCCAAGCUGGCUGA